CAGCCUUCCUGUUCCGAGGUAUUUCCCAGUCCUGGUCAUCCCCUGGCAUUCAUGCUGUCCCAGAGGGCACAGCCCAGACCUUUCUCACAACCCUUUUAUUGCCUAUAUGUAACUCCCAAGUGUCCUCCAGUGUUGGGGUCAAUGUGAGCCUUGCCCAGAGCUGCAACAAACUGAGAACUUCACAGUCUUCCCUGCCCUUUGCCAAAGAGCCAGCAGAGCAGUGAGAGCAGCCCCCAAGGGUUUGUUCUGUCCCUUAUGCUUGUGGAUUUGUCUGCAGGUGAACUGAGUGUUCAGCUUCACCAGGCACCCUUCUCUGCCAAGACAUGCAGGAUGUGUCAAGGAAAUUGCUGAUUGAGCAAUGAGCUGUCAUGACAGCUUUGAGAUGUCCCUCUGAAAUCCCUGGAGAGCUUGCAAAGAGAACAGGCAGAAUGAUGUCAGGGAGUCAGGGCUGGGGGCAUCCCCCCUGGCCACUGCCAUCUUGGUGCUCUUUGCAGGGAGUAUCUGGCUGGGAAACUGCAGCCCAAAGGUGAUGCUGAGAGACACGUGUGUUGCAGGGAUCCUGGGAGGUGGUUGCUUGUCUAGGGGUGUAGAGCAAGACACAGCUGAAGAUUUUUUUGGACCUACUGCUCAUCACACAUGGUGACCUCAACAUCAGCGACACUGAAGCCAGUGAGUAUUAGAGACAGAGCAGGAAUUGGAACCGUUUGAAUCCUUCUGAACGAGAUCCCCAGGUCCAUCUUUGCUGCUUCUGGGCAAAGCUGUGAGUUGCAACUUUCCCCCCCUUAUCCCCAUUUAAAUCAUAUUGACUUUGUUCACUCAGCCAGAGGAGAUCCAGUGGCCUCAGUCCUUGUGCUACACCAGGACUGGGAAUGUGAUGAGACCUGUGUGAGGCUGCCACGGGCUGGGAGUUGCAAGGGGAAUUGAAGUAGCUGCAAUUCUUUCCCAGUAUUUCCCAAUGAAAUGAAUUCAGCCAGACCAGAUCCCACCCCAGGGACCGGCUGUAGCUGGAAUUUGCUGAAAUUCCCCCUUUGCCCUUUCCAGCUCCAUAGCUCAGAGGUGGAAGGCAGACCACCACCAGACAGCUUGGGGAGCAGCUGCCCUGGCAGCUCCUGUGGCUGUCAGGUCUCCAGGAAGGCAGCAGCAUGGUCAGUGCUCCCUGAGCAGAGCCCAGGGGUGAAGGUGAUACCCACACGGUCUGUUUACAUUUCAAUGGGUUGGAUUUCCCACAGGGAUCAUUAGUCCCUUCUGAUUUCCGCUUUAAUUAACAACUGCAUUAUCGAGGUUUCUGCAGGAGUGAGUACUCAUGGAUGGUUUAUGCUGUAUCCUGUGGUGUCCUCUGGGCUGGAGCUCCAAUGCUCCCUUAAUUGCUCAGGAAGAGGCUUAAAUGAGUCAGUGCUAACAAUGCUCUUCCCUCAUCCCCACCAAAUCCCCUGCCUGUUUGUGCCUCUGGAGACCCUGGACCUUGAAGCAUCCCUGUCUUUGCCAUCUGCAUCACCUCUUCUGGUCCCUGAGGGUCAGUCCUGUGAGGGGGAUGGGUAACCUUCCUGAAUGCCACAGGGAUGCACUUCAGACAUGACCACCAUUUUCUUAGAAAUCUUACUGACCCCAGCACGGGGUGGAAACCCACCACAUUCCCCUUUCACAAUGCAAGUGGAAAGCCCCUUUCCUCACUCUGGUGCUCUUCCUGGGGAGCAGAGGCGUGUGAAGCUGUUGUGCUUUCACCCACUUGGCUCCCUGACAACUGUUCUGAGGAAGAACAAUCUCCCUUUCCUGCCCGUGCUGCUAGCAGGGGCUGUGGGCAGCUUCAGGGGUGGGGGUCCCCUGCAGCAAGAGAUGGCUAAGAGGUUUAGUCACACAUGGAUAUUCCCAACUCAGCACGCUCCUUUUGGUGUAGAGCCAAUUGGGAGCCAGCAGCAGGCAGGAGAAGCUUGUGCCAGGGAAGUGGUGGCUGGGGACAGCCCUGCUUGCCGUGGGGUGCAGGACCCAGCAGUGCCUGCCAUCCCACAGCAUGGGACUCCUAGCACCCCUUGCCAGCCCUUGGUUGUGCUCCAAGAUCUGUCAAACACAUGGAACAAAGAGGUGAGGGUUUGCUGCUGGGCAGCCCCCCCAGCACCCUGUGACAGUGGAUCAGGGCUCUGCUUUUGGGACCCACUCUUUGCAGAGGGCUCCACACUGUCAGACCAGUGAGGAGCUGGCUCUGGGUUAGGAGCAGUUCUGGCCACCAGCAACCAGGAGCUGUCAUCCUCCCUGCUGUGACAUUGCUUUGGCAGUGUCCUGAGGAGAUUAAGUAAGGACCAGGUUGCAGAACCAGCCUACAUCCCCAAACCUGCGGGAAGCCUGGGGCUGAUGACAGACGCUAAUCCACCACCUAAACUCGCCUUCUGCUGGCUUGUGAGUGUCAGCAGGUGCUGACUGAAGUUAAGCUGGCACAUCCUGUUUGUGCUACUCCUCCUGCCCACCAGCCCCUGCCUGAUUCCUUCUCCACAGCACUGGCUUGCUGGGCACAGGAGCAGCCAGAGGCAAUGCUUUGCUGAUGGAGGAGAUCACCCUGCACAUGAGGCUGGUGCCAGUGCCAGUGCCAGUGCCAGUGCCAGUGCCAGUGCCAGUGCCAGUGCCAGUGCUGGUGCAGGGUUGCAGCACCGUGUCUGGUGGCAUGGCUGGACUCUCCUCUUGCUUCUUACCAUGGAGCAGGGAAGGGGCAGAGCAUCUCCUGCUGUUGAGAGGAGCAGAGGGACUCACUGAAGUCCCUGGCUCCCAUCUGUGUGUCUUGUGCCCGGGUAGAUAUUUGUCCAUGUGGAAGGGAUGUGUACGCUGCUCUCCACUGAGGUGAAAGGACAGUCCAAAGCUUGAGCAAGAGACAAGCUGCAGGCAUAGACACUCUGCUUCAGGGUUUGUUCACCCCUGUGGCAAAGCAUUUUUUCUAUUUAUUUAAAUUCCCUAGUGGGAAUUUAUCUGGGUGCAUCUGAUGCCUUUACAUUUGUCCUGCCCCUGGGCCCCUCAAAGAAGACCCUGACUCAGGCAUCUCAAAUUCCCUUCAGGGCAGCUGCUGGCAGCAGUGAGCCUUCCAUCCUUCCUUCCCCGGGCUGCACAACCCCAGUGCUCUCUGCUUCCCAAAUGGGGCUGAAGUAGCCUGGUUUAAGGGACAUCACUGCAGGUGGCACUAGCGCUGGCAUGGUGGUGAGUCACCGCAGAGAGGAGAAACAGCCCCCGUCCCUGAGCUCCUGUGAAGAUUCGAAGCGGGAGCGCUGGUCCUCGCUCGGCAGUGCCCACGCAGCGGGUGAGCUGCUGGCACCCUGCGCUGUGCACAUGGCCUCCGUGGGGGAUUUCUGCUCUUGCAGGGAGAAAACCUUUUUACAGGAAGUUCUGUAGCUGCCUUUGGCCAUGAAUCCAUUUUCUGGGACACCUGGAAACCAGGCUGGCUUUGGGCCUGUGAGAUCCUGGCCCUGGAGUGGAGCGUGCUGACUGGGCUCUCCUCUCUCUGCCAGAUUCGGAUGUGCCCCCAUGCAGGCACUGGAGAGGGCAGGGGGAGAAAUCCAGGCUUCAGCAACAGCCAGGGAGACUCUGGGGUGGAGACUGACAUCACCCUAGUACCAACAUAUACCCCAAAAAUGGGGUUGAGACAAGUUCUAUCCCCCCAUAGCAUCAGAGGGUUGAGACUAUGUGAUAUUUAAUGUGAAUGUCCCAGAGAUGUCUCAGAGAAGAGACUGGGAAAUGUGUAUGGUAAGAGCCCGCUCCAGGUGCCAUCCCAGGGUCCUAGGUUGCUUUCACAAGGUAAAGGGACCCUAGAGCUGCCUGGUCCUGACCAGCAACUCCUAUGGGCUGAGUGCUGGAAGAGAGGGCAAGAGAGUUUGGCUAUGGGUCCACAGAACAGCUGGCUGCAGGGAAAGCAGCUGCUGGGAUAUUCAGGAAUUGCUCAAAGAUUAAAAUCCAGCCUGUUGUAAGAGUUGUUACAGCUUCCCAGACUCCAAAAGAAAGUGAAAGCCAUGGUCUGGAAGGAUAUAUAAGCAGUGGGGAGCAGCAGCAGCAGCAGGAGGGUGCAGAGAAGCUGUGCAGAGCUCACCUCUCCUGCCUGGAGCUCCAUCGCCUUCAGCCCAUCCUCUGCCAGACUCAGCAGCAAAAUGCGGUGCCUCCAUCUUCUCUGCCUCAGUGUCCUGUUGCUGGGACGUAUCCUGGAUGUGCACGGCGGGAACAACGUCCUCGACUGCUGCCUGCGGACAAGAGAGACGCCCAUCCCGGCAUGGAUCGUGCAGGAUUACCGGCUGCAGCUGGUGCAGGACGGCUGCAACAUCCCUGCUGCCAUAUUCAUCACCACAAAGGGCAAGCGCCUCUGUGCACCCCUCCAUUCCCCAUGGGUGAUUCGUCUCCAAGAGAAGGUGGAUGCCAGGAGGAGGAAACCCCAGGGCAAGUAGGUCCUGAAGAAGCCAUGCCUGGUCCCAACGUCUGGAGGGGACCACCUUCCAGCUGUGAAUCUGAUGCUAAUGGAGCCAACCUGCUUCCAUCUCCAGUCUCAGGGCUGACCCUCCUUGAGACUCAUGCCUGUGUGUGGGGCUGGGCAGAGCCCUGUCUGCUCUGUCCUUUUCCCUCUGCCUCCAAUGUGACCCAGCAGCCUGUGUCAGGUUGAGCUGGGGGCUGCUGGACUGUGUCAUCUUUGCAGCCUGGAAGCUGUUUGAUGACUGAUCUGCAAGGUGAGCCGGGGCACAGUCCUGUCAGCACAGCAGCUGUGAUCUCCAGCUAUAGCCCAAUCCCUUUGGUUUCCUUGUCAGUCCCAACCAAGAGUUCUUCUGCAUCUCUGGGAAGGGCUGCCAGUAUAGAACAGUGUGAGAAUGGAGAGGAGUGAUGGAGAUGUUCCACAUGGCCAUACAUUGUGCUGAUCCUUGCCAAGCACCACCCAGAUGCCCUCAGAAAAUGUGUGGCUGAUGUGGUUCCUCUCUCACUCCUGAAUUCCCUGCAUUGUUUUCCUCCUGCCUUUUCUUGCAAGUGUAGAAAUAGAGCCACUAAUGUGGAGCAGGCAGAGAUGUGGCUCUAAGCCCCUGCUCUCCUCUGGGACAUUGCAUCCUUUCUCAGUCCCCCAGCCUGACACCACUGUCCAGCCCUGCCCCAUGCCCAUGCCUGGAGGUCAUGCUGCUCUCAGGUUAUUUGCUGCUAGAUCUAUUCAAUGCAACAAUUUUAUGUAUAUGCCUCUUGUUUAGUCCCUUUCUCUCUUUUUUUAAAAUUGUGCCAUUAUUUUGUUAAAUAAAAAGAAAA